CCUGCUGGGCCCAUGGGAGGGGGCCGUCAGAGGAAGGCCCUUCCCGUCUCUAGGGAAUGGAACUUCCGCUUUGGACUGAGAGCAACAGGCUCCCAGCUCCUGGUCCCACUGCUGCCCUGCCAAACGGCAUCACCGGACGCCAGGUUCCCAGGCACCGGCUCUGGACCCUGCACUGCUCUAAAUGCAGUGCCUGCAUUAGCUCCUUCCGUAUCGGCUGUCUGGCUCCAAAGCCGAUGUUGUCGCCACCCUGAAGCAGCUGAGACAGUGCAGUGAUGAAGAACCCAAGGGGUAGUGUCCUGGCACUGCUGCCGCUGCUGCUACUGCUGCUCCUAGGUCCAGUAGAUGUCUCCCAGGCCCAGAGCAGCUGCACUGGGCAUCCAGCCAUCCCUGGCAUCCCGGGGAUUCCUGGGGCACCGGGCUCUGACGGCAACCCUGGGACCCCAGGGAUAAAGGGAGAGAAAGGGCUGCCAGGGCUAGCUGGAGACCAUGGUGAGUUUGGAGAAAAAGGGGAACCAGGGAUUCCUGGGAAGCCAGGGAAAGUCGGUCCCAAGGGCCCUAUGGGCCCCAGAGGCUCUCCAGGGCCCCUUGGCGCCCGUGGUCCCAAGGGUGAAUCAGGAGACUACAAGGCCACGCAGAAAAUCGCUUUCUCUGCCAUGCGGACCAUCAACAUGGCCCUGCGGAAGGACCAGGCCAUCCGUUUCGACCAUGUGAUCACCAACGUGAAUAACAACUAUGAAGUUCGCAGUGGGAAGUUCACCUGCAAGGUACCUGGCCUCUACUACUUCACUUACCACGCCAGCUCACGAGGGAACCUGUGCGUGAACCUCGUCCGAGGCCGGGACCGCAUACAGAAGGUGGCCACCUUCUGUGACUACGCCCAGAACACCUUCCAGGUCACCACAGGCAGCAUGGUCCUCAAGCUGCAACAGGAGGAGAACGUCUUCCUGCAGGCCACUGAAAAGAACUCCCUGCUGGGCAUCGAGGGUGCCAACAGCAUCUUCUCUGGGUUCCUGCUCUUCCCCGACCCCGAGGUGUGAGCUGUGGGGCUGAGUCACCCCCUCCUCACCCCCUCCCCUGCCAGCAAUGCUCACUUUACCCUCAACACCACCCCUAUCCGGCCAAAGCACACAGCAUGUCUCCAUGGAUGUUGAAUAAAUGAAUAAAUAAACUCUUCAAGACCAAGGGACAGUAAUCUAAUUCAACUCUUGUGUCCCAGCAUCUGGCACAUAGUAGGUGCUCAGAAGUGCUGUUCGAAGCCUUUUAAGUCUCUUCUUUUGCUCAGCCCGCUCCAAAUCCUUUGGAGUGUACUUUUCUUCCUGAUAAUGCCACCUUAGGCCCUUGAGCCAUUCUACUGCUCGGGUCCACUUCUAUUUCUUUGAAGUGUACUAUCUCUUCUAAUAAACUACUCUUUCACCACUUUA